CAUAUCAAAAUAAUCAAGUAAGAUAACUCUGUUUUGCACAUAAUGCAAAUUAUGGCCCUUUAGAAAUUAUGGAUUUAGAAAUUCUGGCUAAGGUUUUGCACAUAACCACAUUUAAGUCAAUGUCUCAGAAAAUUCUUCAUGUAUUGCAAUGAAACUCAAGACAGGUGAUUCCAACUUUCCAACUUACUAAAUUAUUCAAUAAGAUUAACCUUUUUGCAUAUAUUAUAAUGUAAAUUGUGACCAUUUAUUAUUCAAUAUUGAAGUUCUGGUUAAGGUUUUGCAUGUUAGUGUGCAUAAAUCAAUAUCUAAGCAACUACUUGAUGUAUUGCAUUGAAACUUUAUAGACAAGGUCUCCUAACCAUCCAACCUACUAUCCAUAUACUUAACAAGACUAAUUGUGAUGCAAAGCAUCAAAGCAUCACAAAUGUUGUUGAAACAUGACUAAAAGUAAGUAGAUGCAGUUUAGUGGCAUACCAUCACUUUCCAGUGAUACCGGGAAAUUAUCAGAUGACAAAUAUCGGUAUAAAAUGACCCGCUUUUUAUUGGAUAUUGAAGGUAUGAUUAUCGGAUAAGGAUCUCUUUUUGCAGUUUUCGUAUUACAAUAAGAUUAUCUAAGUGUCACUUCUUAAUAAUUCUUGCAAUUUCUAUGUCAAUGAUGAGUUAUUGUGAUAGGUCUAUGUCCGGUGUAUGUGGUCCGUCGUUCGGCGUCAACAAUUGGUUGUAAUCAUCAUCUUCUCCUAAACUGCUUGGACAAUUUUAAUGAAACUUCAUAGGAAUGAUCCUUGGUUGGUGCUUUUUCAAAAUUGUUCAAAGAAAUGAAUUCCAUGCAGAAAUCUGGCUGCCAUGGCAUCCUAAAGGAAAAACUUCAACAAUUAGUUAUAAUCACCAUCUUCUCCUAAACCACUUGGACAUUUUUAAUGAAACUUCAUAGGAAUGAUCCUUUGUUGGUGCUUUUUCAAAAUUGUUCAAAGAAAUGAGUUCCAUGCAGAACUCUGGUUGCCAUGGCAACCUUAAGGAAAAACUACAAAUCUUUUUUUGGCAAAUGCUAUGAGGCCUAGUGCUUAAAUAUUUGGUGUGUAACAUUGUCUAUUGGUUAUCUACCAUGUUUAUUCAAAUUAUGCCCCUGGAGAAAAUUUGGCCUCACCCGUGGGUUACAACUCUAUUAUAAAUACAUUUUGUUAAAAUCUGAUAGUUAUGUAAAGUUUACUCUUAAGCAAAGGCAGCAAGUCUUGCUAUAUGGUCUCCCCUGUUUUGUUGGAGAUUGCACUACUUUCUAUUUUUAGUAACAAGGGAAUAUAUUUUAAAUUUUAUUAAGUCUUUAACAUAGUCACUUCUAAGGUAAUUAUUGUUCUUUUUUUAGGUUCAUAGAUUGAAAUAAUUAUCAUACACUUUAUUCUUUAGAAGAAAUUUCAUUUUUUACUUAAUGAUAAAUUUAAUAAUCAGACUUUUCCAUUGAACUUCAUGUAGAUUAUUGUAAACUCCAUGUAGAUUAUUCUAAGCUACAAUCUUGUCUUUUUGUUGGAUAGUGAAUAAGCCAAAUCAAAGAAUCAAAGAAGAAUUUGAUUCUAAAUAUUUGAAGGAAGGUCAUGUUGUCCUAAAUGGAAGAAAUGAUAGUAUAAGAUAAAGGAGCAAAAUGUGUACCAGAUUUGAUUUUUAGAGCUUAAGGCAGUUUAUUGAUUUUAUUGGAUGGUGCACUGUUUGUUUAUUGUGUGUCUAUACUAAAAGUUCUUCUAGUGUGCAAGCAAAUUAACAUAGUUUUGUCAGUGUGCAGGCAAUUGAACGAAGUCCUGUCAGUGUGCAGGCAAUUGAACAAAGUCCUGUCAGUGUGCAGGCAACUGAAAAAAGUCCUGUCGGUGUGCAGGUAUCUGUAUCAAGUGCUGUCAGUGUUCAGUCAAAUAUCAAGUCCUGUCAAUGUGCAGGUAACUGAACAAAGUCCAGUCAGUGUGCAGGUAUGAGAAUCAAAUUCUGUCAGUGUGCAGUCAAUCAUCAAGUCCUGUCAGUUUGCAGGCAACUGAACAAAGUCCUAUCAGUGUGCAGUCAAUCACCAAGUCCUGUUAGUGUGCAGGAAUCUGUAACAAGUCCUGUCAGCGUGCAGGCAAUUGUGACAAGUCCUGUCAAUGAUUAUCCAGGCAACAUGUUUGACCAAUAUGUUUUUCAAUAUUCUUUGAGAACAAAAAUCAAGCUAUGUUGAUUACGAAGAUUACUCUUUUGCUCAGGUCAUGGCCCUCUUGUUUCUGAGUGUUGAUGAAUCGGAUAUUAAGGUUCGUAAACCAAGCUGUAAAAAAAACCGUAGCCUUCGAAUUUGGGGGCGAGUUAUUAAAUACCCAUUAAUUGUGCCCAAAGUUUUGUAAAAACGGUAUAAAACUUACGUAAGGUAUCUUGAUGUUUCCUUUUUCUGAAAUCAGUUUAUACAAUUGUUUUUUUUUAAUCUAACACCUUUAAUAGUUUUAUUUUGCUGAUCCAUUUUGAUCACGUGAUCCUCAAUGGUACAACAUUGAGACACAUCCCAAACUGACAAUAAAUCAAGUUAAAUAAAUCUUAUCUUGCAUAUAUACUAUUAAUUUUUCCCCUUUCUUAUUCGACUUAGAAAUUCUGGCGAACGUUUUUAGCGUAAGCACACAUAAGUCACUAGCUUACCAAUAAGAUAUAUUGCGUUAAAACUCUAUACAAUCAAGGAAGAUAAUUCUUUCUAGCACACCGGAUAGGCAUUUCCGGUGAAUUCAGCCAGAUGAGUCACGCGCUGUGACGUAAUACUUUCAAUUUCUUUUAUUAUACACUUUAUGUAAUCAUAAUUAUGAGAUUUAAAUAAAUGAGUUCCAUAAACAUUAACUUUACAAAAAUGAAAACAAAACAAAACAAAAUAACCCUAUAAAGACGUAAUUUCGAAGGAACUUAUUGACGUCUGCAGUGAAUAAAAAUUACUGCGCGUCAUGACGUCAGUAAACAUCAUCGCACGCGCUUUUUGGUGAUGUGUACAAUAAUGCGCUUUUUUAUGUACUUUCUCCACAAAAAAAAAUGUAAUUUAAUGUAUGCUAGAAAAAAUAUCUGUCACGUGUGUCCGUUCCGGAUAGAAAAAUCCGACCCUCGGGCACGUUGCGUAGCCGGCAACGCAGGUGCCCUCGGGUCGGAUUUUUCUAUCCGGAACGGGAACACAUGACAGAUAUUAUUAAUCUUUUCUUAUAACGCAAAUUUUGCCGCUUUAUUUUGAGUAAGAAAUUCUGGUUAAGAUAAAAAUGGCAACAGGCACAUAAAAGCAACACAUAAAACAAUAUUAAUAUCAUGUUUCUAAUUUUUCAUCGCGUAACAUAUAAUUUACCUGUUGUCUUUUCUAAGAGUCAGCUAAAUGGUAACCUUGAAAUAGGACAAACUAUAGUACAUCAUUAUCCAAAUACUGUUCAGACUUUACGAACACCUGUACAAUAAACUUCGAAAUUUUAACUCAAUCAGCAAUUGAGUAUUAUAAAUAAGUUUUGUAUGCGUCUGAACGCCAGUUCCCCAUAAGUUGUAUGAUAUCUGACGUUAAACCAAGACUAAAAGCCAACGUAGCCAUUCCUCUUCUAAAGGAAUGCGUUGAAAAAAUUUCUUCAUUUAAACCAAUUUGAUUAAUUUUCUUCUUCAACACUGCCAUAAAAGACUUGUAAAGUAUCGACUGACCUAACUUUAAUCAAAAUAAAGGCUGAACUGGAUAUCUUUUAACAUAUUUCAACAUAUAUUAGUAAAGGCUCUUACUGGACAUAAACUAGAAUCUUUCAUAAUAGAUAUUGGCAUGACUAAAAUUCUUACUCCACUCUGAGUAGUCUUAGACCAUUUAAAAUACACUAAUAACCUAUUCUCCGCCACUUCCACUCUUGUUAUUAAAAUUUUUGGAUUUCUUAAAUCUUUUUUAAAAGUAAGAACCAGAAAAAAGAAAAGCCAAAAGAAAAAAUGCAAGCAAAAAGAGACACCAAUAUAUUUUAUCAUUACUUACCUCAAGAAACCUCAGUGAAAUAACUGGUGUAAUAAGCUCCGCUAUGUCCACUUUGUAACCCAACAACAUAUGCAAAGGUUUAAACACCACUUACAUAGUUUCUGAUUGAAUCAACCACUAAGGCCAAAAUAUGCACAAAAUAAUAAAAAUCAUUCAAUUUGAAUUCUUAAAUUAUUCAUUGAACCUUCUGCAUACACCUGUCUAUCAGUUUUUCUUACUUCCUUUUAACGCUUUCAAAUUGCGUUCUGAAAACAGUUAAAAGACGUACUUGCAUUAUGUUAUACAUUAAGCAUACUACUACCUCUAAUCACUAUCUACAUUAUCAUGAAUCCCAAAACUUGAAAUCUUCUCCUGUCACUCUGCAUUACUCAAACUCAUACCCUCUCUAGUUGGAUUCCUAAACGCUAUAGAAAAUAUCGUCUAACAAUAACUGUUCUGCCUUAAUUUCAAACAUAAUGAAACUCAAACACAAUCGGGAAAAAACAACACAUUUCCCUCAAACAAUUUUGCAAAAAUGGACAUCUAGUCUUUCCUGAAUCCAAUGUUAGCAUACUGCCAUGUUAUCACAUAGUACUUUAAUCUUCAUAUUCUUAACGUUCUUUCUUCAUAAAUGUACACCUACAACUAAGGUAACCAUCUCUAGUGCUAUUAUAUGUAGUUUGUUCUUCAAUAUCUCCUUUGGAAACAUAUCAUGAACAUGUCGAGGGGUGAAUGCGAAAAGGUUCUAAGUGACAUUAAAUAAAGAAGACAGAACCUGCCCCCAUGAAUAAAAACAAAACCACAAUCUGUCAAAUAACACUGAAAAUAUUGUCCGGUUCCGACCAAUUAUUCGCCGACAUCAUUGAAAUACCAUUAAACAAAGGUAUAAAUUUGUACCACCAAGUCCUUCUUAACUUGAACUGGAACGUCAUUUAAGCUAUUCUUCACUUCAUCUUCUACUCUGUACAAUUCUUUAAUAUCCUGGAAAUCGUCGCCCUACUCUACACAUGCUCCUUUGAAUUUAAGUUUACACAACAACGGCUGGACUUCUCGUUUCGUAGCUUUGUCUUUACUUGACAAAGCUUUAAUUAGAAACUUGAUCUCUCUGGAACAUCCCUUUUGUCAUAUCACGACUGGUGAACAAUACCCCUAAAAAUGCCAAAACUUCAGAAGGGGGAAACUCGUGUUAGGAGACUCUUCAAUACCGCAUUUCUCCAACAAGUUACCUAACGUGUUAAAGGCAAACAUAGCCUCCGAAUGCUUCUCAACUCCAGCAAAAUCAUCCAAGUAAUAGAACACUGCUACUCCUAUCAUCAACAUCAAAAAGGCAAUGGUACUUGUCCACCCGCUGACAAAUUUGCGCUGAAGAUCUACAUCCCAUUGUUAGUACAGUAUCACAAACGAUAUGGGUUUUUUUCGCACAAGCUACUACAUUAUAAUUUGAAGGGCAAAUACAAUUCUUUUUUUAUACAUUAACGAUCCUCUCUUUAGCUAAUCUAAAGACUAAUCUGACAAAAUCAUAAACUCGAGGAAAAUUCUAUGACACUGGUUGACCCAAAUACCAUUUUUUUUGCGCCAAAUCAUUUAAAGGCCCAGUAAUUGCAUUGUAUUUCAACUCCUUAUGCAAUUAUUAUGUAACUUGUACUGGGACCUGACCUCAGCCACUUUAUAAUACCUAUACUUCCAGAUAUGCUUCAUCGCAGUCAAACUAUUUUCAUCAUCUGUAAAAUCCAAAUUCCAAUAAAUUACAAACUAACAUAUCCUUAUAUCCAAAAUUUGACAACAUCAACCUCAUGUACUCUGUAUUGGUUUUAUGAUGAAGAGGUAUUCUAAGGCCCUCGCAAUUAAACUUAGUUUAACUUACUCGUGAACCCUAACUAAAUUACCAACUUCUUUUGCACACUCCUUUGGUUUCAAAACUGUGCACAACUUGCAUGAAUGUACAUGAAUAACACAAAUUGGCUUUGUAUUUUUAUUUACAUCCCUUAUUUCCUGACUUUUUAUCUAUCUCCUGAACUUCAAAUUUAUCUGUCUUUGUUAAAUUGAUAUCAGAUUCAUACUUGCCAAAACAGUACCGGGGUAAAAAUAUAUCUACCAACUAAUGUUUAUGUUGAAAAAUUGGAAUCUGACUCCAACGUCAGGCUGUGCCCGAGUAUGGACAUGUCGAUGAACAUUAUGGAUGUUCCAGUUUCUUUAUAUCUUUCUGCCAGCAUAUCGCACUAAUGUGUUGAGCCAUUCUCAACUUGCCUUUCAAGGCAUCUGUCUUAAUGAUGUCCACUUUACUGGUAUUUGUAUAGAAAAAGGUUAUUGACCCUUAUGGAGUGCCUCGACCGACCGUUUCUUCUCUGCCAACCGCAGUCGCAGCUCUUCCUUCUCUCUCUCUGUCUACGAAGUUGCUUCUCUUACUCGUCCAAGGACUCCAUAUCCGCCAGGCCACCUCGACAUCCGAAUCCAGCUAUUUUAUUUCGAAGUGAACACAGGGGACAUCACUCUGGCCGCCUCAUUCAUAUUUGAGGUCCGGCACUGCUCGUCCAAACUACUCAACUCUGUUGUACCAACACUGUUAAGUUUUUAAAAAUCUUGUUUUGGGCUGCGUUAUUUCCUGAUUAUUACAAAACUUAACUGAUGAUUGUCUUGCUAAAGUCUCAAUCAAGUUUAAAAACGAGUCUUGGAUAAACCUAGACGCAAUUGAGGCUGCUUCUUUAACAGAUCUUUUUGAAAUUAUUUGGAUCAGUUUUGUUGAUGAAGACUCAUUCCAGUUUGCAUAUGGGUCAUCUUGUUUACGCAAUAGAGGGUGCUUCUUUCAAUCCUGGUCAGAUUGACUGCGUUGAUUAUAUAUUGGGUAAUCUCAAGCAUGGGCAAUUGGGAUCAAACGCUAUGUAACAAUGUCAGUUGUAAGAAAAACUUAUUUAUACAAUAGAAAUUGCAUUUUUCUUUGGAUCCCCAUGAAACUUGGCUAGAAUUUUCAUUAAAAAUGUAGCUUUAGCAAAUUAGUGUCUUAUUCAGCCAAAAUGGCAGUACAACACAGCAUCAUAGAGUGCGGUGAUAAAAAGGUAAUAGAAUUGAAUGUAAUUGCAACAAUAAGUAAAAAAAAAGAUAAUAAAAUUCAAUGUGGGUCUCAAGUUGAUGCAACUUCCAUGCGACCUUCAACAUGCCAGCUGUUUGACAAAAACCACAUCUGUCGAUUUAUGACUUCAAAUUGCAAAACAUAUAAAGUAUAUUAAUUCCGGGUCGAUGUUAAGUUCUUGUAAAACGGAAGGUUUGGAGGAUGGACUGAUGAUAAAUGAUAUACAUGUAGCUAGUGCAUUAACCAUGAUAUUAUGCAAGAGUGAUAGUAAGUAAAUAGGACAAAACAAGAUGUGUAAAAGCUAUAUUAGCUAUUUAGUUGCCCCACUUUUUCUCAACUGAAUGGAAAGCCAAAGAGUUUCAUAACUUGGCUAUAGCUCGAAAAAAAUCAUACAUUCAAGAUAUUUAUUAGUAGAUAAAACAUUCAAGAUAUUAAUGAGUAGAUUUUUAAUAUGAUUUUUAUUUUUGAAGGUGUUUGUGAAGUGUCUUGAAUAGCUAAGGAGACAAUAGGUUCAUUUAUCUGCAGUGAUUUUAUUUUUGGCUCAACUUUAACCAAUUUGUAUAAAGAUUCACAUUGUUGCUUUAAAAAAAAAUAAACAUGAAAAAUAUACACAUAUUCAUAUUAUUUAUGAAAGUCUAGUCCCUUAGCAUAGACAUUGUAUUUCAACAGCCAAGACGGCCGCCGUGUUCUUAGCCCAUUACUAGUCUUAUUGUAUGUAUUAUAAGUUAUUAUAAUUACAGUAAGACUAGUCAUGGGCUCAGAAAACUGUUUAAUGGAGUGAUGUAUUGAUUUUCAAGUGUGUAGUUACUUUUAUUAUAUACCCAUCAUAAAUACACACGCAAUACAUAUCGCAAAAUACGGUAGUCCGUAUUCCACCCCAGUGCCAUACUGCCGUAUUCCACACUUGUGAUGUCACGUCAUAACAAGUAUCGUUGCGCGAUGUUAAAAUGACGUCAUUAAACAAAAUAAUGCGUCGUUAAAAUGACAUUUAUUAUGAAAACAUGUGGCGUUUAAGUGAUCUAACCAGUAAUGUAUAUAAUAAAAGGGUUAUUAGUUCUGCGUUGUUUAUUCGGAAUGUCGUAUUCGACUCUCGCGGAUUGUUGCAGAUUUUGAUUUCAGUCGGCUAUAGCGCCUCGUGAAAUCCGAAUCUACACAAUCAAAGUGCUGAAAGCACUGAUGGACUAGGGCUUCAUUCAGGGGAAUGUUGACAACCAUAUUCUAAGCAUUGAAAAAAUCGGCUCACAUCACAAGGGGUCUCUGUUUAAUGGGCUAGCUUAAACUUUAGACUAAAACUGCUUGCAAGCUGCAAAGGAAAUUUGAAAAAUCUAGUUAAGUGUGUGUAUAGUGAGGGGGUGGGGGCACACAUACUUCUUUAAUUUGAUCAAAUCCUUUUAUAUCAAAGGUCUGUUAUUUGCAGUUUCAGAGAAGAUUUUCAAUGAUGUAAUUAUAUACUAUAUAGAAAACCUGUCACCUCUUUUUCAGGGGAGCUUUAAACCACAGGGCCAUCCUUUGAACAAUCUUUGUAAAAGACAUCUACAUUGUACACCUAUGUCAGACUGCAUACACAAUGUUAUUAGGAAGUAGUUUUUAUUUAAAAAGAGAAGAAUUAUUUUCACCCUCUUAAUUUGUGCUUGGUAUUCAAUUCAUAUAACACGUUACCAUGAUAACUUAGUGAUGUUGAUAAAUAUUAGGCACUGCCUUCUGUCUAAUGCUAUUCAUAUUACUGCUGCAGACUUUUGUACAUAGCAAAGCAAGUUGAGCAGACUAAGAUGAGAUGAAUAUCGUUUUUAAAGUAUGAAAUAUUGAAAUGCCUUUUAAAUACUUUGACCAUCAAAUUUCAUAACAUGGUGUCAGCAGUUCAUCACACUGCUAGUGAGAAUGGAAUACCAAACAUAAUUUUAUUCUUUAUUAUAUACCCAUCAUCAAUCCACAUGCAAUACAUAUCACAAAAUACUUUAACCCAUAUUCCGCUCUAGUGCAAUACGGCCAUAUACCACUCUUGUGACGUCACGUCAUAACAAGUAUGUUGCGCAAUAUUAAAUUGACGUCAUUAAACCAAUGAGUGCAUCCUUAAAAUGAAACUUAUUAUGCAAAGAUGUGGCUUCUAAGAAAUCUAAUCGGUAAUGUAUAUAAUAAAAGGGUUAUUAGUACUGCGUUUUGAUCCGGAUAUGGCGGAAUGUCAUAUUUGAUUCUGGUAGUUUUUUGUAGAUUUGAUUUUACUCAGCUUGAGCCUUGUGAAAUCCGAAUCUGCAAAAAUCUACUUGAGUUAAAUACAACCUCCUGGAUCAAAACGCAGGAACAACAAAACCUGUUACCCCGUGGACAGAGCAUCUUUAACCCACAGGGCCAUUGUAUCUUUGAACAAUCAUUGUAAAAGACAACUACAUACAAGAUGCUUAAGGAAGUUGUGAUGUCACAGCUUGAGAAAUGUAACCGCAAAGUCCGUUUCUGUUAUUUACUUGUCCGCGUUUUAGUCAGUAGUUUUUGACAAGAGUUAUCUUUCGUAACCUACUGGCAUGUGCGCAGUGCAAAAUUACUUUCAACUUCUUUCCUAGGCAUCUUCGUGGCCCCAUGGUCUUUUUACUAUAUGAAUAAAGACUAUCUGUGGAACCAUCGUUGACAUUAAUGCAGUCAAAACUCGGUGACAGAACAGUAAAAAGACCACGACCUAACCACAGCAGCGAUGUCGUUCAGAAGCGAGCAGGACAAGGGAGAGGACCAAGGCAGUCUAACCCAGGAACAAGGUCUAGAGCAGGACAAGGGAGAGGACCAAGGCAGUCUAACCCAGGAACAAGGUCUAGAGGAAGUAGAAACAUCUGAAAGAAGAUUAAGAAAAUUGACUGAAAAAGGAGAAGAAUUGUUUGAAACAAAUAAAAAUAAAUAUGUAAACAAACUAUCACAAAUCAAAGAAAACAUCAAAGAAAUAAUUAGAUUACUGGCUGAAAAACCUGACGCGGAGAGAACUGUAAUACUUCAAUAUAGAUAUCAGCUAUCAGAAUUCAGAUCAGCAUAUGAGACCGAAUCAAAUAAGUACAUUCAGUUUUUAAUAAGCACAAAUACAGAGGACAGUUUGAGGGAGAAAGAAGCUGAGAUAAAGAUUCGCGGACACUUGGUAGACAAUGUUGAACAAGUUAUGGAAGAAAUAAAAUUCUCCAUCCAACAACAACGUUGGGAGAUAGAAUCCGCACGGUCUUCAGAUAGCCAUACUUCUAGUGUUAAAUCUAAUGUGAGUUCAAGACUAGCUAAGCAAAAAGCAAAAUCAGAAGCUGCAAAGGCAACAUUAGCAUUUAAGAAAAGACAAAUAGAAAUUAUUAAACAGAAAGCAGUGUUAGAGGAAGAACAAAUUAGAACCAGGGCAGCUGCUGAAAGAAGGAAAACAGAACUUGAAGCAGAUAUAGAACUGUUAGAUCAAGAGAAAGACGCCUUUGUGUCCAAAGUAGAGUAUGAUACUUAUAGAACUGAAAUUGAAAAAAAUGGCCCUAGUGAACAUAAUGCAACUUUUGUGAAGUUUCCGGUUAUGGACAAAACUGACCAGACAGAGAAAUAUGUUCAAGAACUUUCACGCGCCGAAACCCAUCAUCUAAAGCCGAAUGCGAUCGAUGCGAUCGACACAGAUAAGAUACCAGUGAAACAUGAAGUGAUAAAAAACAAUCAUACAGUUUUCAAUCCUAAUUCGCCUCCAUUUGUACCUGCAGGGCAAGAUUUGGCGAGAUAUCUGAUGAAAAAAGAUCUAAUGGUUCAAAGACUAAGCAAGUUUGAUGAUUGUCCCGAAAACUUUUCAGUGUGGAGAUCUACUUUCCGUUCUGUGGUUGAUGAACUAUGUCUCAAUCCCUCAGAAGAAUUCGAUCUUCUUCUGAAAUGGCUAGGACCAGAGUCGAGAAAAAGUGCCGUGAGUCUUCGCGCAGCAAACACUAAUGACCCCGCUAAAGGCAUAGAAAGACUUUGGUAUAGGUUGCAUGAAAGAUAUGGUUCACCAGAGAUGGUGGAGUUUGCUUUGAAGAAGAAAUUAGAGAAGUUUCCGAGGUUAGGCAACAGAGACAAUAAGAGAUUAUUUGAAUUGUCCGACAUUCUUUCAGAAAUAGAGUCGUGCAUGGAUGACCCAAGGUAUAGUGUGCUUCUCAGCUACUUCAACUCCUCAUCUGGCGUGUUGCCUAUUGUGACGAAGCUGCCGUACCACCUCCAAAGCAAGUGGAUGUCGCAAGCUACGAGAUAUAAAAAGGGGCAUGAUGUGACAUUUCCUCCUUUUUCCGUAUUCUGUGAGUUUGUCCGAGAAAUGAGUUCUAUGUUGAAUGACCCAGGGCUCGCAAUUUCUACAGAUACAAGAGAUACCGGAGACAAAAAAGGUUUCAAGGCUAGCAGUGCUGUGGCAAGUGUUUCCAGGCAAGUCGCUGUGAAUGUUAGGAAGACCGAUGUUAAAGAAUCCGAGUCUACGCAGAAAUUUGUAUCUCCAGUGAACUGCCCAAUACACAACAUGAGACAUUCGCUAAACCAGUGUAGAACUUUCAAAAACAAGACUAUGGCAGACAGAAAGAAAUUCCUACGUGAAAAUAGAAUGUGUUAUAAAUGCUGUGAGACUGACACUCAUAUUUUUAAGAACUGCACAGCUUCAGUUAAAUGUGAAAUUUGUGGCAGUGAACGCCAUCCAGCUGCUCUUCAUCCUGAUGAACGCCAGGCAGAAAGAAACCAGUCACCCUACAAAGCUCAUGGCAGGGAGGCGCAGGAUGAACGCCAGGCCGAAAGAAACCAGGCACCCUACAAAGCUCAUGGCAGGGAGGCGCAUAAUGAACAGACUGAUAGUAAAAACAGGUUCCAGGAAAAGGCGGUGGCCUCAUUUUGCACAAAUAUUUGUGGCAAAGAGUUCGGAGGAAGAUCAUGUGCAAAAAUUGUACCAGUAAAGGUUUAUCCCGGGUCAGAAAAGGAAAAAGCAAGAAAAAUGUAUGCGAUUUUGGACGAUCAAAGUAAUAGAACACUUGCCAGACCUACCUUUUUUGAUGCUAUGGAAGUCUCUUCAGAACAAGCUGAGCCAUAUACCUUAGUAUCCUGUGCUGGAACAUACCAAACAGAAGGAAGAUAUGUGAAGGGAUUGACUGUUUCAGCCAUAGACGACAGUGUGGUGUUUCCAUUGCCUGACAUAUUAGAGUGCGACGAGAUUCCGAAUACCCGUUCUGAGAUCCCUUCGCCUGAGAUCUCAAGGUAUCACCGCCAUCUGAAAGAUGUAGCCAUUCCAGAUCUAGAUCCAGAAGCAGACAUACUUCUUCUGAUCGGCCGCGAUUUGCCAGAGGCACAUCACAUCCAUGACCAAAGAAUAGGUCCGAGAAGUUCCCCCUUCGCCCAGAAGCUAAGCUUAGGAUGGGUCAUCGUUGGCGAUGUGUGCGUGGGAAAAUCGCAUAAACCAGACAUAGUGAACGUAAUGAAAACGCGUGUACUCGAAGAUGGUCGUCCGACCAUAUUUCCCCAGUGUAAUUACAAGUUCGAAGUCAAAGAUCAUGACAGAAUCCCAAUAGAUGUUGACGCUAAUGUGUUUGCAACAACGAAGUACGACAACAAGCCAGGCCUGUCCACAGACGAUAAAGAAUUCCUGAAGAUCAUGGAUUCCGAAUUCAAGAAGAAUGAAGAUGGUCAUUGGUCUGCCCCGUUGCCAUUCAGAGAGCCACGCCCGAGACUGCCAAACAACAAGCCACAAGCGCUGAAGAGGGCUUUAGCUUUAGACAGCAACUUGAAGAGAGAUCCUAAAAAGAGACAACACUUUCAAGAGUUCAUGGAUCAAUUGUUUCAGAAUGGCCAUGCAGAGGUAGCUCGACCACUGGAAGAAAGUGAAGAAAGAUGGUACUUACCGGUAUUUGGGGUAUAUCACCCAAAGAAAAAGGAUCAGAUCCGAGCCGUGUUCGAUUCAUCAGCAAAGUUCGAAGGCUUGUCGUUAAACAAUGUACUUCUUAGCGGUCCAGACCUCGCAAACAGUCUAAUUGGUGUUCUGAUGCGGUUCAGAGAGAAGGCAGUAGCGAUCACAGGAGACAUCCAACAAAUGUUUUACCAAUUCCAUGUGCAUGAGAGCAACAGAAACUUCCUCAGAUUUCUGUGGUACAAAGAUAAUGACAUUGACAAAGAGCUGAUAGAGUACAGAAUGUGUGUCCACGUAUUUGGCAAUUCUCCAUCUCCUGCUGUUGCUACAUACGGCCUCAGAAAAAUUGCCCAGAUGACAGAGCAAUCUCAUGGCAGAGAUGUCAAAGAUUUCAUAGACAACAAUUUCUAUGUGGAUGAUGGUUUAGCCUCCUUGCCGUCUACUGAAGAAGCAGUCAGCUUAAUGAAAAGAACACAGGAAGCUCUAUCCACAGGUGGUAAAGUUAGACUCCACAAGAUAGCAUCCAACGACAAGAGGGUACUGAAUGCUUUUCCAGAAGAAGAUCUGGAGAAAAACUUAAAAACUUUAGACCUGUCAGAAGACAACUUGCCUACACAGAGAAGUCUUGGACUUAGUUGGGACUUGGAAAAUGACUGUUUUGUUUUCCAAGUCGCUGAUCAGAAGAAACCCCUGACGAAGAGAGGUGUAUUGUCGACAGUCAACAGUCUCUACGAUCCUCUCGGAUUCUUGGCACCAGUGACGCUUGGAGGAAGGCUGUUGCUUCGCAAAGUAACUGAUGAAGUCGAUGGCUGGGAUGAACCUCUACCAGAAAACUUGAAGACCAAAUGGGAAACUUGGGUACAAUCGCUGAGUGAGCUUACAACUGUUUCAAUUCCUAGAACAUAUUUCCGACCGGAAGUGUCGGGGCAAGCAGAAAGAGAACUUCAUGUGUUUUGCGAUGCAUCGGAAAAGGCCAUAGCUGCAGUCGCAUUCUUGAAAACGACAGAUGAAGCUGGCAAGAAACAUAUCGGGUUCGUCCUCGGCAAAUCUAAGGUUGCCCCAAAGCACGGUCACACAAUUCCACGCCUAGAGCUUUGCGCAGCAGUACUGGGAGUCACAGUAGCUGAAAUAGUCUCAGAAGAAUUGGCGUUGCCUAAUCAGGAAAUAAAGUACCAUACUGACAGCAAGGUUGUGCUCGGUUAUUUGCAGAACAAGAGUCGAAGAUUUUACAUAUAUGUUGAGAACAGAGUCAGCCGAAUUCUACAGUUUUCAACAUCGGACCAAUGGCACUACAUUGCUACCGAGAAGAAUCCAGCUGAUUACGGAACCAGGUUUCAGACUCCAAACAUGCUGCCAGGGUGUCCUUGGAUCACGGGACAAAGUGUGAAAGAUAUCUGCACUAAUGACCUACCCAGUGAACAGUUUUCAUUAGUGAAUCCAGAUAGCGACAAUGAAGUGAGACCCCAAGCUCAAGUGUGCAAAACUGUCAUUGAAGAAAGUACAAUGAUUGGAACCAAACGUUUUGAGAAGUUCUCAGAUUGGCAAAAGCUAGUAAAUGCCAUUUCUCUCCUUAUGCAUGUUGGAAAAGCCUUAAAAUCUAAAACUGCAGAAAGUUCCUGCCAAGGUUGGCACCUUUGUAAAUGGUAUAAAACAGUAAAAUCUCACAAUGAAGCCAAGAAUUUUAUCAUAAAGCAGUUUCAGCAUGAAGCAUACAGUAAAGAGAUACUGUGUUUGAGAGACGGGAAACCACUACCACGGGAUAGCAGCAUCUCGACAUUGUCUCCUUACUUAGACGAAGAUGGCAUCUUGAGAGUCGGUGGAAGACUGAAGAAUGCAGACCUUCCUCAGCAUGAGAAGAAACCAGUUCUUAUACCGGGACAUUGCCACCUAGCAACAUUGCUUGUGCGACAUUAUCAUCAAACGGUAUUUCAUCAAGGCCGACACUUUACGGAAGGUGCGGUGAGGGCUGCGGGAUAUUGGAUCAUUGGUGGCAAAAGACUAAUCAAUUUCACCAUUCACAAGUGUGUAAAAUGCAGAAGGUUACGCGGACAGUUGUCACACCAGAUGAUGUCAGACUUACCCGCAGAUAGAGUUACCCCAUCGCCUCCUUUCAGUUUUGUGGGCAUCGAUGUCUUCGGUCCAUGGCAUAUAGUUACUCGUCAAACCAGAGGCGGUGCUGCAACAUCCAAACGGUGGGCAGUGUUGUUCAUAUGUCAGACAACUAGAGCAAUACAUUUGGAGCUCAUCGAAGAAAUGAGUAGUUCUUGCUUUAUCAAUGCUUUGAGAAGAUUUUCCGCAAUUAGAGGCAAGGUAAAGGAGUUCAGGUCCGAUCGCGGAACCAACUUUGUGGGCUCGACAGAUGAACUUAAAAUCGACGCCAUCUGUGUCGAAAAUGAUCCAGUGCAUCAGCAUUUGUACAACUCUGGGACUGUAUGGAGAUUCAAUACCCCACAUUCGUCACACAUGGGGGGUUCGUGGGAACGUUUGAUUGGAGUGACAAGGCGUGUAUUAGAUUCCGUUCUGAUGGACAAUAGAGGCAGGAAUCUUUCCCAUGAAAUACUCUCGACAUUCAUGGCUGAAGUCAUGGCGAUAGUCAACGCUCGUCCCCUGGUACCAGUGUCGUCAGACCCAGAUGCACCAUUUAUUCUUACUCCUGCGACACUUCUCACUCAGAAGACUGACAGUGCUGUAGAGUCAUUCAAACAUGUAGGAGUGAAAGAUGCCUACCGUGCCCAAUGGAAGCAUGUCCAGUUCCUUUCUGACAUUUUUUGGAGUCGGUGGCGAUGCGAGUAUCUACAGACGAUCCAGGAGCGACAGAAGUGGAAAUCCAGUGUAGUUAACAUUUGCAGCGGCGACGUCGUGCUACUUAGAGAUAAAACUGUUUCGCGUAAUGAAUGGCCUCUGGGCGUAGUGAUUCGUACAUUCCCAAGUGACGAUGGCUUAGUUCGUAAAACAGAAAUUCGCGUUGUGGUUGAUGGAAAACCAGUGAAUUAUAUCAGACCAGUAACUGAAAUUGUUAAGCUUCUGUGAACAUGACUGAACUUCACAGUUUGCGCUUCACACAGUUCGCUUCUCGCAGUCGGCUUUGCGCGAUUAUUAGAGAUGAACAAUUAUGAUGUUUAUUGCAGAGAUAAUUGAUAAAUAGUUUAAAUAAGAGGUUUAUAUAGUGAUAUAUCUGUACAAUUUAUCAGGCAGGGAGUGUGAUGUCACAGCUUGAGAAAUGUAACCGCAAAGUCCGUUUCUGUUAUUUACUUGUCCGCGUUUUAGUCAGUAGUUUUUGACAAGAGUUAUCUUUCGUAACCUACUGGCAUGUGCGCAGUGCAAAAUUACUUUCAACUUCUUUCCUAGGCAUCUUCGUGGCCCCAUGGUGUAAGUCUUAAAUAUAUUUCAUAGCUUAGUAAAGAAUACUGUUUAAUCUUUGUUUCUAGACAUAAAUGUGCAAUGAUGAUGCAUUAUAUCUACUUCAAAAUGUAAACUUGAAUCUCAAGCUUUGAGGCCAUGCUUGUUGUUGUGCAGAAUUCUUCAUGUAAAUUUACUUGUAGUCAAAUAUUACCGGUUGUUGUUCAGUAAUGGUCAACAUGUUGAUGUUUAAAAGUUGAAACACUAUUUAAACUGUGUCUCUCGUGAGAUGUUUAGUAAAUCUUUUAAUUCGGUGUAUUUCUUGAGAAGCUUGAUAUUCAAGGGAGAUAGUACUUGCUUAACCCUGUCCGUGGGAUUUGGUCUUGCAGAAGUUGCCUCCCUUGCAUCGUUAUUAACCAUCUAGCUUUAUUAUUUGUAUUUAAACAGAUCUUAUGAUGGGAUUUACUUGUAAUUUGAGUAAAGAUUAUUUGAUCUGUUGUUCUUAGCCCUUAAUGUGUUAGAUUAUUGUUUAGUAUGAUGUUCAUUUACAAUUAACAGUAAAUGGAUUUAAUAUUGAAUAGAAAGUAGUAGAUGAUGCUUUUGCAGUGUGCUGUGGAUUUAUGUUGUAAACAGGUUAGAUCUCAGUUUAGUGUUCAUUUAAUACUAGAAUAUGGGAUCUCAUCUGUUCACUUAUAACAUUUACUUA